AUGGAGUAUUUCUCUGGAGGUACAGCAGAAAGCACUGAAGACAUUACAGGACGUAAAAAGUCCAAACUAAAGUCUCUGAAAAGCCGUCUGUUCGGGAAGAGUAAGAGAGGAGGUGGAGAGGCAGACGACAAACUCAGCCAGUCAUCCAGUGACGUCACGGCAGGAAAGGGACUCGGAUCUCAUGAAGAUUUGGCAUGCUCCCAUGGGAUCAUGGGAUCACGGGCAUUGUCCCAUGACAGCAUCUUUCUGGCUGAUGAGGUCCUGACAGACGCUGAACCAGCCCGGGUUUUAUCCCAGGAAAACGUUCACAGCAACAUCAAAGCUCUGCAGAUUAAGCUUCAGCAGCAGAAGAUGCAUUUGGGACCGCCACCUUUGGUUCUGCCAGUCAGACGUCCAGAGGAUGUGGGAAGCCGUUCGGAGGAUGACAGUCUUCCCCACAGCCCCUCUGAGAUCUCAGGAGCCCUCAGCAAGACCACAUCCCGGCCAUCCUCUCGUCCACUCUCACCCUUCCCCAAACCAGCACCGACCAAAUCUGUUCCCCUGACUCCAUCGCUCCCUUUGCCUCUUUCGGUCUCCUCCAAUUCCUCCUCUUCUUCUGUUGUUGAGCCCCCGCUGGACUUCAGCUCUCCAGUCCAGUUCACCCCCUGCCUGGAUACCUCUGCUGCACGCCACCGCAUGUCUAUCAAGCCCAGAAACCAGAGGGCCUGCUCCAAGAAGACACUCGCUGCAAAUGAAUCUAAAUCUCACUUACACACCCCAAGCAACAUCAACCACCCUGAGUCUUUGAGAGAAGAAGAGCAGAGGCUUAGCACUCAAGAUGAGGAAACAGAACAAGGAGGGGCCGUCAUUCCGUUUACAUCUCAGCGUCGUCCUUCAAAAUCCCCCGAGGUGGCACCAGUCACAUCAGAGGCAGCAUCCAAAUCAUCCAGCCUGACGUUUUCCCAACAGGAGCAGGCUCUUCCUGGGGGAGUGCCCUCUGUAUUUCGAGUUAAGCCUCACAGACCAGCGGAUGUAAUGCCCAGUGAACGGCCACACUCGUCCUUUAUACAAUCAGAACUGAAGGACAACAGAGGGGAUUUUGAGAUACAAAUAAUGUCCCAUGAGCAGAGAAAUGCUUUGACUUCCAACCAGCUCUCCAGUCCCUUCGGCUCAGUUCACCAGCAGCUUCAAGGUGAGUCAGAAAGCACAAGAGGAUUAAAGCGACCCACCGCAGGAUCUGGCUCCUUCCAUUUCUCCAUCACCACCGCCAAACACCGGGGUGGAGAAAGACCCCGAUCAGGCAGUUUUGUGGGAGUGCUGGAACACACUGAAGCCAGGCACAAGACAGGCGGGGGAACAAGCACGAGGGAAAAGGAAGAACUUAGAGGGGGCCCCUCUGCUGUGGGAAGACUGAGACAAGAGGGAGCUCCACACAAAAGCUCAGUUCUUCUCUGGGACAGGAGGGACAGCCUCAAGAAGGUGGAAUCAGUGGCACCAUCUACUAAAAAUGUGACCUCAGAUACAGGCGCUGCAGAGGUGGAGGAGGUGGAGAGCGCCCAGGAGGUGGUGGAGGACACGGUGGAAGCACGUGAGGUCGAGGAUGAUGAAGGAAAAACAGCGUUUGGUGUUAUACUGCGCUCCACGUCUUUGUCGAUGAGAUUUCGAGACGCCUCUUCUAACAACACGUCAAAGCCACCGGUGGGUGAGGAGCAAGGUGACAAACUAAAAAGACAGGAAAUAAGAGACCUCCGACCGACAGGUGAGUCUCUGAGAAAUAUUAAUAAUUUCACCUUGGAGAAAAUUGCAGCCAACCAAGUGUGUCUAACUGAACUGUGUCACUCCUUCGAUCCAACCCUGUCAGGCUUCUCCCUUCCAGUGAAGAACAAUCCUCACAUCAUGGCUACAGAAGUCCACACAACCUCCUCAAACAUUAAAGAAGUUGAAACUGCCGUCGCAGCGCUCCAGGAGCCUCAGCCUGCCCCCCCAACGGCCUCAUCCGAGGUGUCCUGGAUGAGCUUGGCAAUGGAAAAGACCAGAAGCCUCCAGCAGCUUUUCACUAGCAGAUUUCCCAGAGAUUUGACAGGCGUGCAGACCACGGCUCAACCUCAAGCACAAGUGCAGACUGAGACGCAGAGCGGAGCACAAGUACAGACACAGACUGUAAAAAUACAACAAAGUACAACUCCACUAGAGGCUGCGAAUCAACCAACAACUCAUGUAGUCAAAGCAGAAACAGUGCAAAGUCAAGCACAGACUGUCAAACCAUCACUGACGGCAGUGCAACAGAAGACAUCUGUUCAGUCAAACACCUCUCGAGAACCACAAACAGCAAAACCAACAAAUGAACGUCAGUCUGCAUCUCAUCCAGCCGUACAGACCAGGACAGCCCAGUCUCCCUUGCACUCCAUCACACAAGCAGAGACCUCAUCUCAAAUUGCACAAGGGAGUGUCACACAGUCUCUCGCACAAUCUUACCUUUCCUCAGGCCAGCUGACCCCCCGGAGCAAUCGAGGUCUUUACGCAGCCAACCAGCUCAAAUCAACAACCUCAGUUUCUGCAACAUCAUUGACUUCAGCUCUUCCUCCAGUUCCGGCCUUGGGAAGAGGGGAAAGAGAAACCGCAGUGCAGGAGAAAGAGGGCGCAUCACAGUCGGGAAAACGAGCAGUUUUGGCCGGGGCAGUAAGCGAGAAGGCGGCUUUUUUGGAGAAACGGGCAGAGUGGACCAAUCCACCUGGAACCAAGGGGGUGGAAUUGAAGAAAGCUCAAACAGAGGUGCAGAUAUCAGGUGAAUCCGCUGCCUCGGUGAAAAGCACGGCCCUAAGCAGAGACAUCAAACCAGAGGGAAGACAAGGGGUGAAGCUCGCAGAGUCAAGUCCCACCAAAGUUCCAGACAGACGUCGUGAGGAAAAAUGUCUGCGGAAAAACGUGGUGACAUCUUCAUCGCGCUCAUCGUCACCUACAAUGCAGUCAGCGUUGCCGUCCGUGUCUGAGAGCGGCCAGCCGUCCUGGAUGGAGCUGGCGAAAAGAAAGUCGAUGGCCUGGAGUGAUAAGUCUAUGGACUGAGAGAAACAGACAAACUGAUGGUACACCUGUAGACAAAUUGUCAGAGAAAUGUUGAUCCCUCUCUGUCGAGGCUGUUGGGUUUGUGUAUUGAAUAAGUGUUCGUAUUAAUGCAGACAGAGAAUAUAUAAUGUAUUAUAAUUCCUCUUUACCACAAACACAUCAAGAUAAAUUGUAUUUCUGAAUUUUCUUUCAUUUCUCAAGUGACUUAAUG